AAAGCUCGCGCAUUUUAUUGUUCAUAAUCACUAUAACCACAAAUACAAAAUGGCGACGAUCAACUUGAUAAUUUUAUUGUGUUGCGCAGCAGUGUUUGUUUCUGCACAAAAUACUGAUGAAGCAAAACCGAGUGAAAGAAUUUUUGGUGGAGAGGAAGCAGACAGGGGACAAUUCAAAUGGCAAGUAGCCAUAGGAUCUAAAAGGGAAGAUGGAUUUUACUCUCCCCUUUUCAGUGGUGCUCUUAUUACCAAACAAUGGGUUCUGACAAAUUCCAAAAUUGAUCCUGCUAAUUACGAGUUUGACGUUAUUUUGGGUGCAACUCACUUGUACGAUGAUCAAGAUGGCAAAAUAAUAACUAAAUUCGAGAAAAUACUAUUUCAUUCCGAAUAUUGUUAUACUGCUUUAGGUAAACUUGUUGCACCAGUGCAGUUUACCGAUUACAUUGGACCAAUUAAACUACCACAACCAACUGAUUAUCUUGCUGGAGGUACCACAGUGUGGUUUAGUGGAUGGGGUUGGGUGCAUUCUAACGGUGAACAAUUUGUCAAUGAACUCAGGUUUGUUGAUUUGAUUACGCUUUUCCAGGAAAAUUGCAUCGAUGGUGAUUUGCCUGAUCAUUACGUUUGUACAGAUGGCAGUAAAGGAAAAUGUCCGUGGUUGUAUGGGGACGAAGGUGGGGCACUUGUGCAGUACAUUAAUGGCGCUUGGACUCAUAUGGCUACGAUGAGUACUUUUUACUAUAAUGGAUGUCCUUCGGGUGGUCCCACUGCCUUCACACGUACAACAUAUCUUCUUGAUUUUAUUUACGCCAAUACUGGUCCGAUAUCCAACUACAAUUAAUGAUUCAUUUAUUAUUGUAAACAUAAAUAAACUUUGUGUUUAUUGACUUAAUAUAGAAAGUUUCACUAA